AUGUUGCUCUUUAACAAAACACUCGCCUCGAACCAGCGAGUGCUCCCAGUGGGACUGACACUAUUGCACCUAAUUGGUCUCUGGGGUAACCGUCGGGAGAGGUACCGAUUCGGGCUACUGCAAUCGUGCAUAGUGGUUGCACUGAUUGGCCCGAAAGCCAUUCUCGGCUCCGGCCAGGUUGGAUUUGAUUCGAUGGCUCGAAACUUAGCGGAGAUGAUUUUCCUGGCAGAAAAUUGCAUUUCCAUAGUAAUUUUCGUUUACAGAAGAAAAUCGUUCGAACAGUUGAUUAAGGUUUUAGAGCGGUUUUUGCAUCGGGAUUGGCCGCUACCAUUACGGCAGGAGAUUGAGUUGUUUAAUCGACGAAUGCAUAUUUUUGGCCUGUUGUACGUUGUCUAUAUAUGCUUCAUGCUAAUUAUGUACUUAAGUGCCCCGAUAGUGUCCACGAUCGUGAAAAUGUGUUUCAUGGACAAAGCGGAGAGAGGCGACUUUUUACUGGUCAUGGAAGUACAAUUUUACUGGCUAGAUAUUCGACGCAACAUUCUCCAUUAUACAAUCUAUAUGAUAUUCUGUUGUCCGGCGUCUGCAUGUUCGGCCUACCAAAGUACCAUUAAGGGAGCUGUGUUCCUUGUAAUUAUUCAAUACGGCUCUAAAUUGUUUGAUUUGGUAGCUAAACGCAUCGCUGCCAUGGAACAAUUGGUCAACCCCAACGAACGUCGAGACGAACUUCGAAAAAUAAUUGAGCUGCAUAAUUUAGCUUUGAAAUAUUUGGAGCACUUGGAAACCACUGUCAGCCUCAUUCUGAUCAACCAAACGAUGAAUUGUAUAUUGAUCUGGUGUCUGCUGAUGAUUUACAUAUCGACGAAUUUCGGACCAAAUGCGGCCAACGUGAUCCUAUUAUUUGUUGUGCUGUUCGGAGAAAUGGUUGUGUACUGCAUCAACGGAACCCUUCUUAGCGAUAAGGCAUCUAAAGUUGUCGAUGCGAUGUACGGAUAUCCGUGGUACCAGGAGUCUGUCGAGAUGCAGAAAGGUGCUAUUUUGGUAAUUCAGCGUGCUCAAAGAAAAUCCGGCAUCACUGCUGCAAAGUUUUACUUUGUUAACGUCGCAAGAUUGGGAUCGAUGAUGCAAGCGACCUACUCGUACUAUCUUAUUUUGAAGGAUAGGUUCUAG